AUGUCUUCUAUUCUUACAACAAUUGGUCUGCGCGCCGCUCCCGGCGAGCAGGUCCCCAAUCACGCCGCGACCCUGCUGUUGGCCAACUGGGCUCUUGCGUAUGCGCUCAUGAGUACGCGCUUGACCAAGAUUUAUUAUGGUAUCGACAACAAUGUUGCCCCACGCGAGAAUCUGGCCACAUUUGGUGAAGCUGCUGUCAAGGCUGGCAAGCUUGAUCGACGGACGCUAAACAAAUUGAAGCGUCGAGAGGCGGCGCAUGCCAACGCCGUUGAGGGGUACAGUCUGUUUGUUGCUGCGAUUUUGACGGCAGCUUAUGCUGGUGUUCCCAGCGAGACCAUCAACACGAUCGGUGUGUGGUAUACCUUGUCUCGGAUCGCGUAUAGUCUGUGUUAUACAUACAUUGAGAAGAAAUCGCUCAGUUACCUUCGCUCGGUGACUUGGUGGUCCGGUAACAUCAGCUGUAUCACUGGUCUGGUGCUUGCGGCGAAGAAGCUGUGA